AUGAAAUUCCUACCAAUAAGUUUACUUUUCAUUUUCGUGCUUGUAGCAUUCAAUUUUGUUUCAGCACAACAACCAGCAGUACCACAAAAUCUCUCCUCUGCAUGUCAACAAGAAAUUAUUAAACUUGCUUCAAGCUCAGACCUCAACAGUUGUGCUUCAUUUAUCAAGUUAUAUCCAUUGCAAAAUGCAACAAUGCGAACUGUAAAACCAAUCUAUGAUACUUAUUGUGCUGCACCGAAAUGCAGUGAUAACAUCACUUCUGCUGAUGCUGCUGAACUUCAAAUUCAAUGUAAAUCAGAACUUGCUAAUUCCUCCGGGGGAUAUUGUGACAUGGAUGACAAUUCUGCUGCAGUAUUAAAUUACCUUCCUGGUUUGAAUUAUACUCAACCUACUGAUAUUAGUUGUUCCGAUUGUAAUAAAGCUAUUUUAAAUACUUUUGCGAAUUACUUUGAAUCUAAUCCUCAAUCCGUGGCUGUCUUAUCGAUUGACCCGACGUCUUUUGAAAAUUUUGUUACAUCAAAGUGUG